AACCUCGACGUACUGGCUCACCCGCAUCCAGUCUUUCCUCUACUGCAACGAGAACGGCCUCCUGGGCAGCUUUUCCGAAGAGACGCACUCGUGCACGUGUCCGAACGACCAGGUGGUCUGCACCGCGUCCCUGCCCUGCACGGUGGGCGACGCCUCCGCCUGCCUGACCUGCGCGCCCGACAACCGCACCCGCUGCGGCACCUGCAACACCGGCUACAUGCUGAGUCAGGGGCUCUGUAAGCCCGAAGUCGCCGAGUCCACCGAUCACUACAUCGGCUUCGAGACCGACCUGCAGGAUCUCGAGAUGAAAUACCUGCUGCAGAAAACGGACAGACGAAUAGAAGUCCACGCCAUCUUCAUCAGCAAUGACAUGCGCCUCAACAGCUGGUUUGACCCCUCCUGGCGGAAGCGGAUGCUUCUCACCUUGAAGAGUAACAAGUACAAGUCAAGCCUAGUCCACAUGCUCCUGGGUCUCUCCUUACAGAUUUGCUUAACUAAAAACAGCACGUUGGAGCCCGUGUUGGCUGUUUACGUCAAUCCCUUCGGGGGCAGCCACUCGGAGAGCUGGUUUAUGCCCGUGAAUGAAAACAGCUUUCCGGACUGGGAGCGGACUAAGCUGGACCUCCCGCUGCAGUGUUUCAACUGGACGCUGACUCUGGGGAACAAGUGGAAGACAUUCUUUGAGACCGUGCACAUCUACCUGAGGAGUCGCAUCAGGUCCAAUGGGCCCAACGGCAACGAGAGCAUUUACUACGAACCUCUGGAGUUUAUCGAUCCUUCCCGGAACCUGGGCUACAUGAAAAUCAAUACCAUUCAAGUGUUCGGCUACAGCAUGCACUUCGACCCUGAAGCAAUUCGGGACCUGAUUUUGCAGCUGGACUACCCCUAUACUCAGGGAUCCCAGGACUCAGCACUUUUGCAACUGCUAGAGAUAAGAGACCGUGUAAAUAAGCUCUCACCACCUGGUCAGCGUCGUCUAGAUCUUUUCUCUUGCUUGCUUCGUCAUAGACUCAAGCUGUCUACUAGUGAAGUGGUGAGAAUCCAAUCUGCCCUGCAGGCGUUUAAUGCCAAAUUGCCAAACACGAUGGAUUAUGACACGACCAAAUUAUGUAGUUAACCGUAAAUGUCAAGCACAACCCAAAAUCUUGAAGGAGUUUUUACAGUGCUUUUGUGGAACAGUUUAUGUUUGGAAGAGUGAAUUUAAAUUGUCUUUUCAAUAUCUGUCUUAUAUCAGUCAAUAACAUUGGAUGGCAAUUUACACACAUGAACUUGCUGACAAUGAAUAUAUUAUACUGCAGUUUUGGUUUAUGAAUGAAAUAAAUACUGACACCAGUCUAGAAGACAUUCUACUUUUUACAAUAAAUUUCAUUUGUAAUUUUA